GAGGGGGAGCUACAGUAUUUCAGGCAAGGGAGCUUCUCACAGGAAAAGAAACGCGUGAGACAAGAGAGAAGACCCACUGCUACUAUUGGUGGGCAGAACCGCUGGAAUCCUGGGAAAUCACCAAUUUUGCGCCACACACAUCCAUUGACGACAUUGUAGGAAAACGUUCACCCAUAAGGGUUCAAGUAGAAACUGUUAACAGUUCAUUGUUUUCCCGCACCUGGGAAACCAUUUGCAAGCACAAAGAUAGCUGAAUUACUCGACCACACCUCCUUUAUUGACUGACAACCAUCACACUGCUUCCCCGCCUCCCUUUCUCGUCUGCCCCGCCCUCUUGCUCUCUGUGCCGCUAGAUGUUGCAGCCAAUCAGUCGGAUGGAGAUUGAGGGGUGUGUUUCCUCGUUGCCUUGACAGCGGGCGGUAGGGCAGAAAGACACAUUCAGGGGAGGAAUCAUGGAAGCAGACAUGGAGGAAAUAGAAGAACAACUCAGACCAUGCAAAAUUUGUGGUAGAACCUUUAUACCAGCGACACUGAAAAAACACAUGCCGAUAUGCCAAAAAACUGCUGUGAAAAAGAGAAAAGCAUUUGAUUCGAGUAGGCAAAGAGCAGAGGGAACAGAGAUCAAUAUAGUAAAACCAGUAAAGCCACGGCCGGAACCUCCAAAAAAGCAGUCCAACUGGAGGCGGAAACAUGAAGAUUUUAUUGCCACUAUAAGAGCUGCUAAAGGAAUUACUCAGAUUAUGAAAGAAGGUGGCGAGCUUCCACCUCCACCCCCACCUUCAUAUGAUCCUGAUUAUGUUCAAUGUCCCUAUUGUCAGAGGAGAUUUAAUGAGAAUGCUGCUGAUCGGCACAUAAGCUUCUGCAAGGAGCAGGCGGCACGCAUGGGAAAUAAAUUUAAAGGAGGUACAGAGCCCAAAGCAAAACCAGCACCGCGUCCCCAGUUUAAGCCCCCAAUUCUUAAGAAGACUAACUCCCCCGCAGCUGUACCAUCUCCAGCUUCACGUCUGCCGCAACCACCUAAUUUUGGAAAAGCCAUCUCAGGUAUACCUUCAGGAAAAUCAGUAGCAAACAGUGGAACUCCUGGAAAUAAGAAUCAAAUGCAGUCUCCAGCACAUAAAAAUUCUACUACUGUUACAAGCCCUCAGGCUGGGGGAGCACUGAAUUCCAGAACACCUCCAAGUUUGGUUAGAAAUCCUUCAUCGGGCACUUCAUUCAACAAAAGGAAAACUGUAAAUGCUGAAAACAAUGCAAGGUCUGAAGCAAAAAUGGGAUACGACGCCAUCGACUACUCAAGGCCUGUAAACGAUGGGCGCGUCAGAGCAGCCGACAACAAUAUGUCAGGCCAGUUGACAAAGUUCUGCCACGAGUGUGGCACCAAGUACCCCGUGGAGUGGGCAAAGUUCUGCUGCGAGUGUGGAAUAAGAAGAAUGGUUCUCUGAGAAGGUUCCUAUAACUCUGCACAUUGAUAUCUGUACAUUAUCACUACAUAAAUCUGUUAUCUGAGGAAGUUAUGAGUUCUCUCUGCUCUGUGGUGCACAUAAAGCCUCAGCCUGCUGACUUGACCAGUUUACUGUUUAGGUUGUGGAGCCUGCCAGUAUCCAGUGCAACUUAGGGACAAAGUCCACCUGUGUUCAGCAUGAGCCAAUUAAAUAGGGCUUGUAUUUCACUAUCUUUUUAUUUAAAAAAAAUAUAUAUUUUUUAACAUACCCAUCCCAUCCCCUGAAAUCAGUAAAGGUAGUUUAAAGCUUUACUGACACAUUCCAGCUUAUAACAAUGAUGGGUCAGUAUGGUUUAAAAAGGGAUUCUGCGGGGAUUCCUUUUGAAAAACAAAUCUCCUGGACCACAAGGACCACAGGGUGAGCACGUCGCGGUGGAGGGGGUUUGCGGGCAGGAGAGAGCAGGAGUGACUAUGCGUGCCGGGCCCUCCGAAAAUAUGUCUACCGGGGGGGGGCCUGAGGUGCUCUUCUUACAUCCUUGAGUCCAGGACUGAAUAACUUGUAGCUUAGAAAUGUAGACUCUAUGGCACAGGCAGUUCCAUGUCAGCAUUGUAGAUCCUAUGGCAUUUAUGGGGUUAAUUAAAUCAAUAGGCAGAAUGGUGGGCAACACAAGCCUUAUUUGCUGAAUACAUGUUCAACACAGGUGUACAUUGUCCUUUAACUGACUGUGGUAUUGGGCUUUAUAGUAUUAGAUCAGUUGUACAGCAGCCGAAGAGCCGCAGGUAGGAGAUGUCUGUUAUAAGUGAAUUGAGCCAGAUGAAAAUAUAUUUGCUUCUUAUUGAGAUUAGGGAAAAAGCAUGCUUCACAUGACAACUCUGGCUUAAUGUGUCAGCUUUGUUUAUCUGCAUGGCAGCAGCAUUAAGGUAUAAUAACGUUGUGAGAAUGCACAAACUGACUGAGCUAUGCUGUUGAAAUUACGGUUUACUGGAAUAUAAAGAGGGUUAUCAGUAAAAAAAAAAAAGGUCAAUAUCACUUCUGCACUGAUACAGUUACACGGGCAGUGUGAUAAACCAAAACCUUGAACGUUUUGUGUACUUGCAUGAUUAACCCCCACUUUAUUUGCUUUAACCUUUCUCUUUUUUCCUCCCUUUUCCUACGAAUUGCUCACGGCAUGGGAAACUCUUUUUAUUCAUGGUUUUCUCAGGUGCAAAUGCUGAAAUGUUUACCUUUUUUUUUUUUUUUUAAAUGCUAAAAUUCUGACAAAUUUGAAAUGAAAUUUUGACUAAGCUUGAAAACAUUUUAGAAAACAGGAUUUAUAUAUAUUUUUGGUUUCUUUUCAUAUUAAAUGGGACAUUGCUUGUCUGUGGGAUUUCUAUACAGUAAGUAGCGCUGCGUGAAAUGUUUUUCAAUAGGGAUGGGCGAAUUUGAGUCAUUUUGUUUCGCCAAAAAUUUGCCGCCGGCGAAAUGUCGCAGACGCCCAUUAAAGUCUAUGGGCGUCAAAAAAAAAUGUAAAAAAUUUUUUUUGACGUGCGUCUUUUUUUUUUUUUUUUUUGACGCAUGCCGCCAUAAAAGUCUACGGGCGUCAUUUUUUCGGCGAAACGAGGUGAAAAAAUUUGCCCAUCUCUAUUUUUCAACACUACUUGAUUCAUUAAUUGUUGAGCACUGCUGUACUUCAUUGUUAGUUAUGCAAAACAUCAGAUUGGAAAGAGGGUUCACUUUUCCCAUAUCCCAUAUUAUUUACCCAAAUAGGGAGGCCCAUUUACUAAAGGUCGAACUUUAGUGGUAUUUGAAACCACGAUUAAACUCGUAUUUCUCUAAAACCACAAAUACCAUUAAAGUUAGUAAUAGAUAUGAAUAAAAAAGGAAUGAACAGAAAAAUACACUGAACGAUCUGAAACUAAAUACAAAUAUCUCUAAUACCUCUAAAAAUUUGAGACAAUUACUAGUCCUAAAUAGUAAAAGGCAAAU